AUGCCGGAGCUUCCUUCGUGCCAUUUGCUUCUGAUCGCCGUCGCCCUCGCCUCGGGGCAUGGCCAGGACACGUUCGAGGAGAGCGGCGGUGUGCAGCUGCUGCAGCAGAAGUUGGCCCUCGGCAAGCUGGAGCCGCUCCUGGAAGCCGCCGAGCCGAUUUACUGGAUCCACUUCGCGAAAUGCGGCAGUUCCUUCAUCAAUCCUCUGAUGCACCUCCCUGGAGUGUGUCCACUCGCCGGCAGCCUGGUCGUCGAUAAGCAGUCCUUGGGCGCCUGUUACUUGGAG